GAGUGCCCAAAUUCAGUUCUAAGGCGUUGGUUCCAACCGAUCCACCUCCAUGGAUUGAUGAAAACCAAAAGCAAAUUUUCACUGAUGGAUAUAUACACUUUCCAAUUGCCGAAUCCAUCUUGGGAAUGG